UCGCAAUUAUCUAUGCUAAGUGUGUUGAAUAGUGGUUCCCUGAUUACAGGCUACUCAUAGAACGCCACACUAUCAGUUUUAUCAGUUGUCGUCGAGUAAUCGCUGCGACGAUCACUUAAAGGCUCGCGAUAUUUCGCCCGCGGUAGCACUUUUAAAUAGACCACGAAUUCGGUCGGACCGAUUAACAAUGGACAUAAUUAUAAAUUUUCUGCAGAAAAUUGCCCCCAUAUUGCUUGCCCAUGGCAUUGUUGGCAUUAUCGCCUUUUGUGUAAGGCUGUAUAUGCAGGGGGAAAAGUUUAGGAAGCAAACCGAUGAGACGGGCAAAGUUGUCAUCGUUACUGGCGGAAACACGGGUCUUGGCAAGGAAACAGUAAUUGAGUUGGCGAGGAGAGGAGCCACCGUUUACAUGGCCUGCCGGAAUAUAGAAAAGGGCGAUAGAGCCCGAAAGGAAAUAGUUAAAGAAACCGGAAACCCGAAUGUUUUCUCCCGGGAGUGCGACUUGUCCUCCUUAGAUUCCAUUCGGAAGUUUGUAGAAGACUUCAAGAAAGAGCAAAGGGAGCUUCACGUCCUGAUCAACAAUGCUGGCGUAUUUUGGGAGCCGCGCAGACUGACGAAGGAAGGAUUCGAAAUGCACUUGGGGGUAAACCACAUGGGUCACUUUUUGCUGACCAACCUGUUGCUCGAUGUGCUGGAGAGGUCCGCUCCUAGCCGGGUGGUGGUUGUGGCCAGUAAGGCUCACGAACGAGGUCAGAUCCAAAAGGAGGACAUCAACAGCAAGGUCUUCUACGACGAAGGAGUUGCCUACUGCCAAAGCAAGCUAGCUAACAUUCUCUUUACCCGCGAGUUGGCAAAGCGUCUGAAGGGAACAGGUGUUACGGUCAACGCCCUCAAUCCUGGGAUAGCUGACACGGAAAUAGCCAGGAAUAUGAUCUUCUUUCAAACAAAGUUCGCUCAGUAUGUGAACAAUUCUGAGGCCGCUUCUCUGGUCCGUAAUGAAAACCCCAAAGAACGGGGCUCAAACAACGUUAUAUGCCGCCUUGGAUCCCGAUCUCGAAAAGGUAUCGGGACAAUACUUCAGCGACUGCAAACUGGCAUCUGUAGCCCCCGCCGCUCUAGACGAUCAAAUGGCCAGUUGGUUGUGGGCCAAGUCCGAGAAGUGGGCGGAAAUUACUAUUUAAAUGGGGCCAUAAGGGUAUUUUUAUCUAGCUAGUCGCUAUUUUAAUUGUAUAAAAAGCCAUUGAAAAAACUGUAAUUUUAUUUAGAAAUCGUCAAAACAGUCAUAACUGCUAAGAGUUGUAUUUGUAUAUUGCUUUAAGGCAAAAGUGUGUAGUGGAAAAAUGUUUUCAUCCCUGUUAAGUACAUAUAAAAUUACACUAGUUCAAUAAAUAAACUCCAGAAACGAAAGUCUAAUUUAAAAA